AAAACACACACACAAACAAAACUGACGACAACGUUAUGUUACAUACGUGCAACACACGACACAGACAACAAGAGAGAUUAUGCGCUUGGUACUUCGAGGCCCAACAGGGCAGGAUGUGGUGCUUGAGCUGGACGCGGAGCUGCCGUUCAUGAUGCUCAAGGCGCUUGCGGAGGAAGACAUUGGCGUGAGCGCGGGAGAGAUGGUGAUUUCCAAAGGCACACAGCAGCUGAGCGGGGACGAGGUGUCGUUGCAGGAGAUGGGCCUCAAGGACGGCGACGUGCUCACCGUCAGCACGACGGAGAUCCAGAGCUUGCUGCAGGGCCUGAGCCAGGUCAAGGCGCCCAAGUCCAAGCUGCGGCAGUCCGCGGAGGAGCUGGUGGCCAGCAUGACAGACAACCCGUACGCGCUGUCGCUGCUGAAACAGAACAACCCAAAGCUGGCCGAGGCCGUCGAGAAGCGUGACUGGGCCUCCAUGGAGCAGCAGCUCAAGGAGCUCAACGAGGCGCGCCGCCGGCGCGAGCAGGAGAUGGAGCGCCAUCGCCGCGCGCUCGAGGCAAACCCGUUCGACAUGGAGGCGCAGCGCAUGAUUGAGGAGCAGAUUCAGCUGGAGAACGUGGAGCGCGCCAGGCAGGACGCCCUGGAGUUUAUGCCAGAGGCCUUUGGCAGCGUGGUCAUGCUGUACAUCAACGUCAAGGUAAACGGCGUGCCGCUCAAGGCCUUUGUCGACAGUGGAGCGCAGAUGACCAUCAUGAGCGGCGCGUGUGCGGAGCGCUGCGGGCUCAUGCGCCUGGUGGACCGCCGGUUCCAGGGUAUGGCUGUCGGUGUCGGCCAGCAGAAGAUCAUUGGCCGGGUGCACAUGGCGCAGAUUGAGAUUGGCGGCGACCACCUCCCCGUGUCCUUCUCCGUGCUGGAGAACCAGCCCAUGGACAUCCUGCUUGGCCUGGACAUGCUGAAGCGGCACCAGUGCAUCAUCGACCUGCAGCAGAACCGCCUCGUCAUUGGCUCCUCCGGCAACUCCACCCCGUUCCUCUCCGAGGCCGAGAUUCCAAAGUCCGACCGCGAGGACCGCUUGAAGCAGCAGCUCCAGGGUCAACAGCAGGGGCAGCAACAGGGCCAGCAGCAACACACGCAGUCGUCGUCAUCAUCAUCAGCGACGGGACAACAAGGCGCGAGCGCACCCAAGUACUCUGACGACGACGUUGCGCAGCUGAUGGCGCUGGGCGACUUUACAAACGAGCAGGUUGUCCACGCCUUGCGUAUGACAGACGGCAACGUGGAGCUGGCUGCGCAGUUCCUGAUGCAGCAGGCCUUCUCCUGACGUGGCGUACUGUGACACACGCGCGGAUGGCCGCGACGUGCACAGGUGAUGGUAUUUGGCUGAUGUUGACUGGGUGGAUGUACACUGACACGUUGAAAGAACAUGUGCAGUUUGCAUGUACACUGACACGUUGAUUACGUUGAUUGUGACUUGUAUGGACUCGUGAGUGUUGCGUGCAGCAACACGUUUUGUUUGACCCUGUCUUUCACAGCACGCACCUUCUUGGUUCGUUUUGCUUUGUCCACUGCCAGCAUGCACUCUUGCAUUUAUCAUGCACCACAACAGUAAAAGAACCCACAGACAGUGAAA